AUUCAUUCAGCGGAGUGUAAAGAUUAGCAGGCAAGACUUCUAGCAACAUCCUGUGUUCAGCAGCAGGCAGUUAAGAACUGCACAUACUUCUUGAGUUUUGCAGUUUGUCAGGGGCCUGAAAAUUACUUUCUUUCAAACUGUUUCCAAGCUGAAGGCCAAACCCUUUGACAGGUACAGGCAUCCCAGUCAAUUAAAAAACUCUGAACCCAGGAUCCUCUACUGACACUGACACACCAUGAUAGAGGCUGCACUGCUCUUUGGAUCUGGGCGAGUUUUGCAAUAAUGCCAGAGGGCUUGAAGAUGUCUGUGUGCAGUGACUUUGCGGAACACGUGUGGAAGCCUGGCUUUUGCAAAAUCUGCUUCUAUCCCAAAAGUUCACACAGGGUACAGAAACCCUUUGAGAUCGCUGCUAACAACAGUGUCCCUUCACAGAGUGUCAAGGAGGUUUGGAACAAGACUUACACAGUUCAGACUGAAGACGACUAUGUAAUUACUUCAGUCUCGUAUUCAAAGCCCACCAUUGCAGUCAAGCCAACUAUGAUGAGCUCUGAUCUGUCCGACACGUGGACAGAUGUGAAUGACAACGCUACUGAUGUACCACAGCACAACCAGAAGAGUCCAACAGAGAAACACAACAUGAUGCAGAUGCUGGAUCUCUCGAAGCAGUACAUUGACAACAACACCACCAACAAAAGCCUAAAAGAUGCGAUAUACCAGAAAGCAACAGGCGAUACACUGGGAUGUCCCAAAGGCUACUCCUCUGGAGCUUUGCCUCUAUUGGACCACAAAGUAGAAGCCCUUGGGCACCCUUCAAUGAUCAGCAACAUCUUUAUGAGUCAGGAGGAAGGAAGGGGGCCCCAGACCUUUAAGGAAAAUGGCACCACCCCUUGCAAAACUCUUAGACAGGAGAGCAACAGAUCCAUAAACAGCACUUAUUUCAAUGGAGACUUAAGGGGCAAUUGCUCUGUAGAGACACUGGACAUCAGAACACUUUCCUCUGGGAGCUGUGAUAGCCACAGGGAAACCAGUUCUUGUUGCUCGACAGGGCACAGUUGGGAUCAGCAUGCACCCUUGGAGAUAGCAAUCAACGUUGUUACAACUGCUGCCGGUCAUGGUGAAGAAUCAAGCACUUCCUUUCAGACCAGGUUUUCGCAAGAGCCAGGUGUGCAGAACCCUUUAGAGAGUCAUGAGUGUUCAGACAAGAGGGUUUUGUCCUUGGUGUCUGAAGCUGCCAGCUUGUCGGACUCAUGCUCCUGCCAGAGCAGCAGUGACUGUCUAAGCUGCUCUCAAGAGCUGGAGUACAUCAGUCAACAGAGAUGUGAGACCAGCGAACCCUGCGAGACCUACACAAAGGAGAUCGGCAGACCUCAGAAGUUGGGACCCUUUCUUAAUCAGCCUUUAGAACAGUUGUCGGUGCAAGUGCCGCGCGAACCCAUUUACGCUGAGAGCACCAAAAAAAAAAGGCCCACAAAUGAGAUCCCUAGAAGCCCUGACCAGGACCAGAUACCAAAACUGUUCCAUAAAAAGCCAGAUGGCUUUGAUAAUGCAGUGAACCUCAUAGACUGUUCAUCUGGUGACUCCAGCCAGCGAGCUAAAAUAACAGUUAUGGCUGCCCACACAGAGGAGGGCAAUAGAACUUUCUAUCUAAGCAGCCCAGAUUCGGCUGUGAGUACACAAUGGCAGCACUUUAGCCCAAACUCAACCCAGGAGCUUUCUUUCCUGUGGCCUCAGAGUAACUCUCAACAACCCUCUGAAGCCGGGCUAACCGACAAGAGUGGCACACUCCUACAUCCUAGAGCAAACACUCAGCCCAGCCCAGCUAUCCCUCCAAAACAGUCCAGAGGCUCAUGCUCCCUGAAGUUGGGAUUACCCUCCCUCUCUGAGGGAGGGAAAGAGGAAAAUGAACCAUCGUUUCAAGCUGAGGUACACAGGAGUUCUUUCCCUUUCCAGUCCCAGAACAGAAAUUUUGGGGACAUGCCUGUGUCAGCUACUGAAAAAAGGCACAAGUACUACAACACAUGUUGGAGCCGGGAGUGUAAAAUAGUAGAGGAGGAGGAAGGUGGUGAAGAGACAGCACACCAGCAGUCGAGGGUGGCCGAUAUAGUUAAUGGUGCUGUUGUGUCAGAACUGGACUUGAAGCUGGAGAACGCUGCUGCUGUUUCUUUUAGCAAGGAAUAUAAUAACCCAGGGACGGCUUACAAUAGUGCCAGUCAUUACCAUGCAGGGAGUGCAUCUGAACAGGACAAAUAUAACACAAACAUGCUAUCCAAGGCAACAUCUUUCACUUCAGAGUUUGCAGAAGAGACUAAUGACCUGGCACCUCCUCCCCCGCCUCCAAAGAAACACCACAGGGAGUCUAGGAAAUUGAGCCAGAGCAACUUUGACCUGGAGAAAGCCAGCCAUGGGUCUGUUGAGAGUCUGACACAAUCCUUAAGGGGACUGAACACCAGCCUUGCGACUGCCUCUACCGACAGCCUGCACUCUGAAUCCAGAAUGUUCAGCGAUGGGAGUCAUGAAGGUGCUCUUUCACCAAGUCCAUCCCAUUUUGGCAAGAAUAGGCUCACCUCCUCCCCUGUUUCCCCACAGUCUGACAACUCCACAAUCAGCUAUGGCAACUCCCUCCUGCCUCCCCCUCUCCCACAGAAGAAGAUGGUGAACAGGGCCAUGUCAGCUCCAGAUCAGUCGGGAGGCAGGAGUGCCACUCAUCCCAGGAGCAGCCCCCGUCUGAACUUUAGUAACUCAGAAGGCAACGUCUAUGGGCAGGACAGGUCACAGUUCAGCUCCCCCUCUAGCCCUGUGGAUCAGCGGCACUUGUAUUCUUCUAACGAGUCCCUUGAGAGGUGCCAUCCAUCGCUUGGCCAACAGCUGCGCUCUCGGACUAUGGAAGAGGUGGCUGGCAGAAACAAGAGCAGGUUGGGUCUGAGGAACAAGAGUGGGGCAUCUUCCUCCUCCUCCCCCCAGCUCAGCAUGCCCAGCUCCGGCUCCGGCUCCAACCUCCAGCUCCACACCCUCCUGAGCAACAUAGACAGCAGGGAAGGUGUCUAUGCUAAGCUGAGCAGUUUGUACGCAGAGUCCCUACGGCGUCUGGCUCAGAAGUGUGAGGGCCACUUCACCCACGAACAGAAGAACCCCCUUCACUUCGACGAGAGCAACUGGUCGCUCUUUAAAUUGACUUGUAAUAAGCCCUGCUGUGAUGCUGGCGAUUCUGUCUAUUACUCAGCCUCUUGCGCCAAAGACACAAAGAACACCUAUGCUGUCAAGAUUUGUAAAAACCAGAACACAGACUCUAAGCAGGGUCAUUUGUAUGGCCUGGCAGUGCAACAAGACCUGCCUCCCCAUUUCAACCUGCAGCAGGACUGCGGCCACUUCAUCGCCUGUGUCCCCCAGAGCAUGCUACCCCCUGACGAGGCUGCUGGAACAGCCUCCUCCUCACAGCAGGGUGAGGCAGCUUCCACAGGCAGAGAUACAGCCCUUCCCAACCACAACGAACAGGAGCGAGUGGUGGUCAUCACAAGGGAUGUGGCCUACCAGACCACAGCAGACUUUGUGAAGGAGUGGGACACCUUUCACAGGGUGCAGCCGGAAGUGUACGAGCGCCGAGUGUGCUUCCUACUGCUGCAGCUCUGCAACGGCUUGGAGCACUUGAAAGAGCAUGGUGUGAUCCACAGGGACCUCUGCCUGGAAAACCUGCUGCUUGUCCACAACAGCAAGCUCUCCACUUCUGACAUCAAAGACCAGAGGCACCUGCCCAGGCUUGUGAUCAGCAACUUUGCCAAAGCUAAGAAGAGGGCGGGCACCGUCGCUGCCUCAGAUCCCAAGCUCAAGAAGGACCAGGCACGGCUGGCUCCGGAAAUUGUCUCCGCUUCACAGUACAAGAAGUUUGACGAGUUCCAGACAGGCAUCUUGAUCUACGAACUCCUCCACCAGCCCAACCCUUUCGAGGUCAGCCCCAAGCUCAAGGAGCAGGAGUACUACUGCGAGGAACUUCCCAAAAUACCUGAUGUUUCCAUCUACUCUGCAGGACUUCAGCAACUUGCCUGCCUUCUACUUGAGCCCGAUCCCAUCAAGCGCAUCCACAUUCAAGAAGCCAAGCGCAUCCUGCAGUCCCUGCUGUGGGGUCCUCGCAAGGACCUGAUGGAGCAGCAGUGGGAUCAUCAGCAAGGGGGUCCUGCUGAAGGGCUGCACAACUGGCUGAACCUCAAGAGGGCGUUGCUCAUGAUGAAGUUCGCAGAGAGGUCCCUUGAGCCCGAACAGAACAUUGAGCUUGAGGACUGGCUUUGCUGCCAGUACUUUGCCUCCGCCAACACAAUUUCUCUUUGUCACACUGCGGAACUGCUACAUUUCUGUGAAUAAUAACUAAAUGGCUUAAUAUUAAUAAACACCUUUGUUCCGAUGUGCCAUUAUUUCCUUUAACUAAAUUCCUUUACUAUUUCUAUAUGUUCAGUCUGUGAUUCAGUAGAUGUUGGAACUCUGAACUCCAAGCCAGGAGACAUUGGUUUUGAAUCAAAGAUCUCCCUAAACUGCCUAAUUUGCAACCUUGUAACCAAGCUGAACUAGGUAUAAUCUGGGCUUGACUGAAAGCAAGAUCAAUUCCACAGUAUACAGACUGAAGGCCGGUUUCUGUUCCAUGUUAGAAAUUAACAGUACAGAAAAUGUAAAUAAGCUGUUGAACAAAAUAUAGAUUAAAAAGGGUUUAAACUCUUCUGGAGUUUUAUUUGCUAAAGUACAUAUACAUAUUUUAUCCGUUGUAUUUUUCAUUGAGCACUGGAAUAUUGAAACAACUGCUGUCAUUAGAUUUUAUGUUUACAAGGAAUUUGUUUCAUCAAUGAUAUUUUUUUUUUGUUGUUGUUGUUAUUCCACGGAUGCCUAAUUUCCAGUAAAACUGGAAGGGAAGACUACUUAAACAUUUCACAAAUAUGAAGCUGUUAAGCAGUGCUUAAUUUGUAAAUACAGGUGCCGGGGUGCAAGCAAGGACAAUAGAACCAGACAUUCAAAAUCAUGCAUGUUUAUUUGAAAGAGUAUUGCAUGUACUAGUGUUAGAUUUUUACAACCACGUAUUCUACAUCAUUCAUAUAUAAAGUAGUAGUACAUGCAGAAAAAAAAAUUCAAGGCAACUGCAGGACAAUAAAUAAAUAAAUAAAUACUUCAUACAUAGUAGGGUUGCCAUCUUUGAAAUGCAAAAAAUCUGCCACCGACAACACAACUGCCCCGUCCCUCACAGUGAAUUACACAGAACUACAUGUCUGAUAUGUAUGUCAAUAAACAAUAUUUACUUAUUAUGCCAAUUAUAUGUAACAGCGACUUACAGUAGCACAUACACCUGUAUAGAUAAACAGGUAGUUAUAUAAAGAUACAGAAGAAAAAUAGAUACCGGUAGAUAAGAGCUGACCUUUCUUACCUAGGUCGUGUUUUUGUUUGGUUUUCAACAGCACAGACAACUUGAAUGUGAACCGAUGUUUCUAUGUGUCUAUUUUUUGAAUUUGUACUUUUUGCCACUUCCAACUAUUUAUUAUUUUUAACGGUGACAUCAUAGAAUUCCACAGGAAUAGCUGAGGUUGCAUCUAAUGCAAAUUUGCAGAGUUCUCUUUUAACAGGUCAAACAAAUUUCACUUUCAAACCCAGUACUUCUCUUGCACAUCUCCUCACGCGUGAUUUUCAGACUCACACACGUGGUGCGCUUGCCUGUUGGUGGACAGACAGAAAGCUGCUGUAUUUUCAGCAGUUUUAAUCUGUUAUCACUUAAACAGGGCAAUUGGCAAUACUGCAGCAAUGAUCUUAAUGUUCAUAUUGAAGUAGGCUGCAAAAAACUUGUUUCAUUAAAACUUGUUGUUGUUCUUUGUUGAAAUUAAUGUUCAGCUUUCAUAUUUUGUUGUAUACUCAUUUAAACAAACCAAGUAGUGUAAGAAGACAUCGCAGUCCUUGUUGUGCUGCCAGUGUCAUUAAAGACACUCAGCUAAAAUCUGAAAGUACAAAAGUACAAACUUACAGCAGACUGUCUCUCUUUAGCACGGACUCAAGAACUGUGUUGAGAAUUUUAAGAAAACGAAUUUGAGAGCAAUAAUUUGUAUGAGAUUUUUAACUUACAUAACUGAAGAGGGUUCCGUGGCUGUGCCCUAGCAAGUCCCGGCACAAAUUAAGCACUGCUGUUAAACAAUUCCUGAUGAUAUCCAAAGGCUGAAAAUAUUGUCUUGCAAGUCCUCUUUUUUGUCUAAAACUAUUUGUUUUUAUUUAAUUAUUUUUUUGUAAAUCAUGCUUUGACUUAAUCCAUAUUCAAUAUUAUUUUAAUGUGUGCAAGUGUCAUAUUCAGCUGCCAAUAAAAUGUAAAUA